UGUGGCAUCCACAACCUCUCUGGGCAGCCCAUUCCAGCACCUCACCACUCUCAUAGUAAAGAACUUGAAUUUCUAGUCCAGUCUAUUCCUUGACAGUUUUAUUUUUCCUUUCUUCCCUUCUUCCAAAGUUCCCAUCUAUUUUUCCUUGUCAGUUUAUCCACUGAUCCCUUUAUUUCCUUUCCUUUCCCUUCCCUUCAAACUCUCCUUAUCUUCACCUUAUGGCACACUGACUCCUUGGAAAAGUUUUUCAAGGAAUGGAAUGGAAGCUGUGAUCUACCUCCCUUCGCCAGACUGAGUGCAUCCAGUCUGCAGGUGUAGACAGAAAUGGUCUUUAGGAAGAAGGUGGUAAGAAAAAGGACCACGCAUAGAGCCAGUGAAACAAAGGUUGACAUGCAUAAGCAUGCUGCACAAAUUAUCUGUGUUGUUCUGUCAGAUUGCUCAAGACGCUGGGAGCAGGGCAUAGGCUCAAAGUCCUGGCAUGCAGGGAAGCUGCAGUGCCUCCUCUUUUUGGCUUGCUCUCACAGGCCCUCAGGCUCAAUGCUCUGUGCCUUGAUACUUGCCACAAAACAUGCAACUGGCCCCAGACUCUAUCCUGUCUGGUUCUAGGGCAGUUCACUACGAAAGUAUUUCUUCUUUAAGCUUAACUAUCAAAUCUUCCUUCUUAUGCAAUUAAAACAUGGUAAGUAAUCACUUUAUCAGCCUUUUAUCUAAUUCUGUCCAUCUGAACAUGUGGCACUAAUACUGCCUCUCCGUUGCUUCUCUCUCCAACCUAAUAAGGUUCAGCAGAUCCUAGCGAAGUGUAGAAACAGCUAAAGGGAAAGAAAAACAACUGUGCAAAAACUAUGCCAGAUUUGUUAGUGGCUGUUGAGCUUGUAGACACAAGAAUCCAGGGACAGCCUUUUCUACAUGGGGCUUACAAAGCAAAUGAUAAGACUCUUCGGGGCUUCAGGAUCAAAAACUAGCACCUGCAUGGGCUGCUUAUUAGCUAGGUUUUGCUAUCAGUUGCCUUCUUUUCUUAGCUGCUUAGCCUGUACAUUACCCAAAUACUUAUCAAAAUAAUUAACACAAGAGUUACACCAGGAACUCUCCUUUUCCCUCCAAAAUGUCAACAAAUUAGCAGACAAACCUGUUUUAUCUUUUGCUUUUCUCCCAUUACUUGGAGAAAUUGCCUUGUAUUUCCAAUCUCAGCAAGUCACAAAAAGGGAGAGAGUGUGCCUCCUUUUCCUGCAUCUGAAGCUGAGACACACUCACAGAAUAUCCUGUGAUUUAGUGUCUAUGUAACAUUACAUAUAAGCUUGGAGAAUUUCUAAGACCAGAAAACUGUUCAAGAAUUGUAAACUCAAUUUAGCAGUUGUCUGAUUUUUGUCUUUCAGACAGACAACCAGGGUAAUAAAUUGUAGACAGUUCAUGCUGUGUCUUUUCUCAUCUUAAAUUUCCUUUCUGUUACUAGAUGCAAAUGCCAAUCCCAUACUACAUUUAAGAGCCUUACAGAUCAAUGCUAGAAGACAUUUUCACAGACAUUCAUCCAAUAGAUCCCAUGAACUCAAGUUUGUGAUACCAAUUUCAUAUGCUGCAAAUGAACAGAACUACAUAGCACUGCACUUAUACUCCAGAAAAAUUCCCGAAACUCCUGAAAAGCCCUCAAAUCUCAUUGGAAAAUGUGAAUUUUCUUGAACAGCCAAAGCUAAUGUCAGGUAGUUUUACAGUCCUGUAGGUCACCAUUUCUUCAAUGUCCACAUGGAAACAUUAAUUCUCUACAGAAACUAAAAUUCCUCUCAUGUUAAAGCAAAAGAGUGGUGAAAUCAAAAAGGAGGAAUUGGAAGCACACAACUAUUUCUCUUGACUAAUGAGAGACAAAUAUGAGGCUGCGUUGCUUCCAUAGUAGCGUGUGCAGCUCAGAUGCGUCACAAAGAACAGGAAGGAUUCCAUGGUCUCCAACCUUCACCACUCCCCUGCCUGCUUGUGGGCUGCUCAGCACAACAAGCCAGGCUGCAGCCUCCUCAGCUGCAAACCCCUACCCCGGGAAGGUUGCUGCCUACUGAGGGAAGUUAACUUGCUGUAGCUGGAUGGAAGGAACUGCCAACCUGGCAUCCUGGCGAGGAGGCCCUCUGCAGCACUGCUUCUCAGCAUUCAGCCUCAUUUGGAAAGCCUAAGAGCCAACCCACUCUACAGUAAGACACUCUGCAAGAGAAUAGGAAAGCUUACACAAUGAAUACAUGUCAACAUUGUUCUCGCUCCAGGAGCUCAUGGGUAACAUACUCCUCUAGGAACGUUCCCCACCCUCGGAUGCUUUGCCACAUACAAGGGUUAAACAAUAGUCCGAUCUGUUGUGUAAGACACAGCUGUUUUGGAGAACUCCCAUAUGCUGUCAAAACAGCCAUCCCUGAGCAAAAAGCUGAUGGAGAACAUGUGCUAAAUGGGAAUGCCAGAGGCAGCUCACCUGCCAACAACUGUCUUCCAAGGCUUGAGGCUUUCAUGCAGAGAGGGCCUGGCUCUUCACAGCUUGCGGCACAACAUGGAGAAGGACUUGCAAAUGUUCCAGAGAGGAUUCAAAGUAGCCCCAAAUCACCAGAAAAGCUUUUGAAAAAACGACCCCAAACCUCUGCACAACCUGCAACUAUCCAGGGAGUCCUCCAGACUCUCUCCCAGCCUUCUUCUGCAUGCCUCAACUCGAAUCACAGUCCUCAUGCCCAGCAGAACACAGAUUUUGACCUAAGCUACCUGCAUGGGGAAAUAAAGGUGCUUGAAAAACUGAGAAAUGUUUUCCAGACAGAUUCGCUUACAGAGAUCCAGGAAUGGCUCUCAAAGGCAAGUCUAAAAGAGAAAGUCUUCAUGUCCAGACUGAUUUACUCUGAACUGACUGGUAAAGGCAGGCUGAAUAACCAGCCACAUGCAAUGCAGGAAGGUGCAGGAGAGAGCACGAAUAUCCAGAGUUUGCUAAAGCCCCGGACUCCUUCUCAGAGAGGUCCAGAAGGAGAUAUAAAUAACAGGCCUUCAACUAACAGAUCAGAAGCAAAUCAAAACACGAAGCAUGAAAUGGAUAAAGACCGUAUUUUGUUCUCAAAGCUGAGAAACAGAGGUCCAGCACAUGCAGACACAUCAUCUCCAGAGAAGAGCCAUGGCUGGCAAUGGAAACAAAGAGGCGUGCCCUUGAAUGCUGCCCUGCAGCAAGCCAAACAACAGAUAGCCCCCUCCCAAGGGAGGCCCACAUCUUCAUAGCCAUUAAAGUAGCUGCAAGUCAUUUUCACAUACAGAAAUGCAUACUCUUAGCACUUACAGAUAUAAAAAUUAGAACAAAUGUAAAGAAAUUGUUCAGAUUCCCUUUUAAAAUUAUUUUCUGCUCAUUACAUUUGGCUUUCAAAUCAUGCUGCAUAGGUACAUGUGAAGUAAGCUAAAUGGAAAAAGGCAGAGGCAAUGCUUUUCAGUUUUUCAGAUUUGUGUUUUUGCAUGACCCACCUAGGCCUGCACAAAUAACUCUUGUUAUUCUAAUUCUCGAGAAUUCACAGGCAUAAUGAGACAAGGAGAGGGUCACCACUUUAAAAAAAA